AUCUAAAGCUGCUUCUUUAAGACUAACAGGACUGUAGGUAGCGUCAGCACCAACAGACCAUACAGCAAUACAAACAUCGAUAAUGGCGUUCAUACAUCAAGCUCAGUGGCUUCCCAACUCCCGUCGGCGCAGGAACAUGAGACACAUGGUCUUCUGCCAUAGUGAAUGGGGGAAACGAAAUAACCGGAUCAAUGUAGCUGUUAGGCGGUCGUGAUCAUAUUUCGCAGAGGCAGGCAUAGAAGCACAAAACGGACGUACAAAAACAUACUCGAUGUAAAUUGAGGUCGUUCCGUCGUUGAAACGCAACGCAAGUACCGCCGCUCCUACUCCGCCUUUCGAAAGCGGACAAAGUUAUCUGAGCCAAUCAGCACUCAGCAUCACCGCCGGCCAUUGGCAGAAAAAAAAAGUUGCAAUUGCCAAAAUUUAUUCCGGUUGUGAAAUCUAAGAGCUAGACACUUUGCAUCUAAAUUGAUAGCAGGCAAAUAUGGGCAAAAAACGCCCGAACUUAGAGGCGACGAUCGAGGCAAAUCCAACAAAAAAAGUCAAAAUCCUGGAUGAGUCCGACGACGAAGUGACUGACUUGAAGAUCAAUGAGGACUUUGCGAAGCGAUUUGAGCACAACAACAAACGAAAAGAGCUACAAAAAUUGGAGGAAAAGUAUGGUAAAAAUGCAGUCAAGUUCCAAGACGAAGCAACAGACGAGUCAGAAUCUUCAUCAGAUGAAGAAGAGGAUGAUGACGGCGAGUUUGCAACUGUUGAGUUGGAUGCCGAGAUCAACGAGACCCUAAAAGCUAUCCGCAACAAAGAUCCAAGGGUAUACGACAAGACCGCUUCAUUCUAUAAAGAUUUUGAAGGAGUAGACGGGAUGAACGGGAAAGCAGAACCGAAGCAAAAGCCAAUGACAUUAAAGGAUUAUCACCGACAAAAUUUACUGGCUAAAGCCAAUGGAGAUGAAGACCUCGGGGACGAGCCAAAAACAUAUGUUCAAGAGCAGGCAGAUAUCAAGAAAGACCUCGUCAAAGCAUUGCAAGAAGCUGCAGAUGAGGCUGCUCAAUCAGAUGACGAGGAAGAAUUCUUAACCGUGAAAGAGAAACCCGCCGAAACCGUUCAGCGGGUCUUACCAGAUCCAGCAACUGCAGACAAAGACCCGGAGACAUACCUUUCCAACUUCUUCGCGGCGCGAGCGUGGGUGCCAACCAGUGAUUCGCGCUUCGCGCAUUUGGAAUCCGAUGACGAUGAAGAGGAUCGCCGAGCAGAAGAGUUUGAGACUGCUUACAAUUUGCGCUUCGAAGAUCCGGAGGUAUCAAAUCAGAAGCUUGUAUCGCAUGCUCGCGAUGUUGUGUCGCAGUUCAGUGUGCGCAGGGAGGAGAAGAGCGCCCGCAAAAAGGCGCGUGAACGAGCACAAGAAAAGAAGGCCGCCGAGAAGGCAGAACGUGAGGCGGAGAAAGCUCGGUUACGAAAGCUUAAGGUGGAACAAAUGGAAAAGAAGGUUGAAAUGAUCCGAAAAGCAGCUGGUGGUCGUGAGGUUAACAUUACAGAUUGGGCAAACGUUCUGGAAGAAGAUUGGGAUGACUCUCGUUUUGAUGAGGAAAUGCGGAAACGAUUUGGUGAUGAAUACUAUCAGCAAUCCGAUCGGGACGAUAGCUCUUCAGACGAUGAUAAAGCCGAAAGUAAGGAAGGGGAAGAAAAGGAGAAGAAGGGAAAGAAGCGAAGGCCGAAGAAGCCAACUUGGGACGAUGACAUCGAUAUCAAGGAUCUGAUCCCAGACUUUGUCGAAGACGAAAAAGUUUCGCUCUCUGAGGGUGACGAAGAAAAAGAAGUUACGGAUAAGUCAGCCAAACAACAAAAGGCUGAAAAGAAAGCAUCUAGUCGACGAGAUCGUCGCAUAAUCGAGUCUUUGGUGGAUCAGUCCCUUGCGUUGACUGACCAUCUGCCACAAGGAAAGGAUGAUGGCCUCCGCUUCACAUACCGCGAAACGUCACCGACUACAUUUGGGCUUACACCGUUGGACAUUCUCGCAGCUGACGAUGCCCAACUCAACCAGUGGGCCGGUCUCAAGAAGCUCGCGACCUUCAGAGAUCCGAAAAAGAAGGAAAAAGAUAAGAAGCGACUUUCGAAGAAGGGUAGACUCAGGGAAUGGAGAAAAGAGACCUUUGGCAGCAAAGACGGACCAAAGCUGGACGAUUGGUAUGUGGGGGGUGCUCCAGCGCAUACGGACAAGGCCAAGGAAAAUGACGGUGGCGAUGGGGUGAACAUCAAGGAUGGGACUCGCAAGAAGCGCAGGAGAAGCAAGAAGAAGGCAGGCGUUGAAGCGUGAGAUGAUGUUGAAGAUGUGGUUCGGUUCAAUUCAGCAGAUGAGAACAGAAUGAGCGGUCAACGUAGUCCUAACUUGAAAAAGAAGGGAGUGGCCCGCGAUAUCUAGCAUAUUUUGCUGAGGCAUUGGUAUAAAAUGCAUUCAUGGCUCUUCAGGCUCGUUGGAUUCAUCCUGUAUUCUUCGGGGACCAAGGUUCGUAGUUGUGGCCUCGCUUCUCGCUCUGUAUCUAGUAACCUAUGCGUACGUGCUUCUACGUAAAUUAUGCUUCCUCUGCA